CAAGUUUGACCGCACCAGGAGUCCAGCACGAGCAAGCAAACAAAAACAAAGGAUCAUUCAGCCCGAACUUCCAAACCUACCCCUCAAGAAUUUCGUCGUAAUCCUGCAAACAACACCGGGUUUCUCCUGCGCUUUCGCCCAAUUUUCCGCUAAUCGCGUCAGACAGCAGCAAACAGGUCCAAAUUCUUGUCCGGCCGGAUAGCAGCUUGCUUCGGCUUGCACCCGCUUCCUUGAGCAAACGACUAGUGUGUUCUUCUAGUAGCUCCCAUCCCUCUCUUCCUCCCCAGCUCGCCCCAUGUGGCUCCGUUUUCAGCUCUCCGACUGCGACCGCGAGGAAAUUGCUCCUCUUCUUCGCCUAUGAAAUGCUUCCUUCUUCAUGCGGUUUGCGGCCGGGAGGAAGUUGUUGCGCCCAGCGAGGCGCACUCGAAUUCUUUCGGGAUUAAUCCCCUUCCGAUGUGAGGUCGCCCAGGGCGCCAAUCCGUCCCCUUCUCCCUCAACCAUUUCAACAGCAAGAAGAACUAUCCAUGGGCGCCGCUCGCAUGGCGGCGCCGCUCGUUGUGCUCCUGCUGCAGCUUCUGCUCCACUUGAUGGGAGCAGCUGCUGCUGAGGCCGACGACGAGGCCGCGGCGCUGCUCGCGUUCAAGCGCGCGUCUGUGUCCGCCGACCCGAACGGCGCGCUCGCGGGCUGGCGCGAGGCCAACUCCACCUCCGCCUCCGGCUCGCCGUGCGCGUGGGCCGGCGUCACGUGCGCGGACGGCGGCCGCGUCCGCGAGCUCAACCUCAGCGGCAUGUCCCUCGCCGGCCGGCUCAGGCUGGACGCGCUGCUCGCGCUCCCGGCGCUCCAGAGCCUCGACCUCCGCCGCAACGGGUUCCGCGGGAACCUCGCCGCUCACCACGCCGCGCCGCCGCCGCAGACACAGCCGCCGUGCGCGCUCGUCCACGUGGACAUGUCGUCGAACGCCUUGAACGGGACGCUGCCCCGGGCGUUCUUGAAAUCCUGCACCGGCCUGCAGUCCCUGAACCUGUCCAGGAACAACCUUACCGGCGGGGGCUUCCCGUUCCCACCGUCGCUGAGCACCCUGGACAUGUCCAGGAACAUGCUGUCAGACGCCGGCUUGCUUAACUACUCCCUUACCGGCUGCCAUGGUAUUCAGUACCUCAACCUCUCGGCCAACCAGUUCACCGGACCCCUCCCGGAGUUUGCACGGUGCAGCCAAAUUUCUGUUCUUGAUUUGUCAGGGAACCUUAUGUCCGGCGCCCUCCCUGGCAGGCUUUUGACCAUGGCGCCAGCCAAUUUGACACACUUGAGCAUUGCUGGCAAUAACAUCUCUGGGGACAUCUCCAGGUAUGAUUUUGGUGGUUGCACAAACCUUAAAAUGCUUGAUUGGUCAUACAAUAGAUUGAGUGGCAUGGGGUUGCCACAGAGUCUUGCUAACUGCAGCCGCUUGGAGACACUUGACAUGUCUGGAAACAAGCUUCUUUCUGGUACAAUACCAGUGUUCUCGGCAGUUUUCCAACAGUUGAAGCAACUUGCAUUGGCUGGGAACAACUUCACUGGGGAAAUUCCGGAUGAACUGAGCCUCUUGUGCAGAACGCUGGUUGAACUAGACUUAUCAAGCAACCAACUGACUGGUGGUCUGCCAGCAAGCUUCUCAAAAUGCAGAUCACUUAAGCUGCUUGACCUUGGCAACAACCAGCUUUCUGGGGACUUUGUGGUUACUGUCAUCAGCAAAAUCUCGUCUCUACGUGUGCUGCGGCUGCCAUUCAACAAUAUCACAGGGACAAAUCCUCUGCCCACACUAGCAGCUGAGUGCCCUUUACUUGAAGUUAUUGAUCUUGGGUCUAAUGUGCUCGACGGGGAGAUCAUGCCAAACUUAUGCUCGUCAUUGCCAUCACUACGAAAGCUCAUCCUCCCGAACAAUUACCUCAAUGGAACUGUGCCACCGUCACUCAGCAAUUGCAGCAAUCUAGAGUCAAUCGACCUCAGUUUCAACCUGUUACACGGUCAGAUUCCGCCAGAAGUAUUGUUCCUUCCUAAGCUUAUUGAUCUGGUCAUGUGGGCAAACAAUCUUUCAGGUGAAAUACCAGACAAACUAUGCUCCAAUAGCACUACUCUGGAGACAUUGGUGAUAAGUUACAACAGCUUCACUGGAGGCAUCCCUCCGUCCAUUACCAGAUGUGUGAAUCUCAUAUGGGUAUCACUUGCUGGCAACAAUCUGACUGGGAGUGUGCCCUCAGGCUUUGGCAACCUCCAGAAGCUUGCCAUUCUACAGCUGCACAAGAAUUCACUCUCGGGCCCAGUGCCAGCAGAGUUAGGAAGCUGCAGCAAUCUCAUCUGGCUUGAUCUCAACAGCAAUAACUUCUCGGGUACAAUACCACCGCAGUUAGCAGCACAGGCAGGACUUAUCACUGGAGGUAUUGUUUCUGGGAAGCAGUUUGCCUUCCUCAGGAAUGAGGCUGGCAACAUCUGCCCUGGUGCUGGAGUGCUGUUUGAGUUCCUUGACAUCCGUCCAGAGCGGCUGGCCCAGUUCCCAGCUGUGCACUCGUGUGCCUCCACAAGAAUAUACACCGGAAUGACAGUAUACACGUUCAAUCAAAACGGAAGCAUGAUCUUCCUUGAUCUUUCGUACAACAGCCUUACAGGUACAAUUCCGGCAAGCUUGGGGGACAUGGCGUAUCUCAAUGUCCUUAACUUGGGACAUAAUGGUCUUACUGGUGCAAUUCCAGAUGCAUUCACGGGGCUGAAGGUGAUUGGUGCACUUGACCUCUCAUACAAUCACCUCACUGGUGUCAUCCCCCAAGGAUUUGGGUGUUUACAUUUCCUUGAUGACUUUGAUGUCUCUAACAACAACCUUACUGGACAAAUCCCGACAUCGGGACAGCUGAUUACAUUUCCUGCAUCCCGCUUUGAAAACAACUCUGGCCUCUGUGGCAUCCCAUUGAAUCCUUGCAUGCACAACGCCAGCACUGGAGAUAGUUCCCAACAUUCCCCAAGUGGGCGGAGAAAAUUUCUCGAAGAAUUUGUACUCCUUGCAGUGGCACUCUUGGUGCUCAUAAUGGCCACCCUAGUCAUUAUAUACAAGCUCAGGAGGCCCCGUGGAAGUAAAACUGAAGAGAUUCAGACUGGGUAUAGUGACAGCCUCCCAUCAUCCACCAGUAUAAGCUGGAAGCUUUCUGGUUCCCGCGAGCCACUAAGCAUCAACUUGGCGCUAUUUGAGAAUCCAUUAAGGAAGCUGACAUAUGCCCACCUACAUGAGGCCACCAAUGGCUUCAGUUCAGAAACUCGUAUUGGCACAGGAGGAUUUGGUGAGGUUUACAAGGCUAAGCUCAAGGAUGGCAGUGUUGUGGCUGUAAAGAAGCUGAUGUAUUUUACAGGCCAGGGUGACAGAGAGUUCACUGCAGAGAUGGAAACCAUUGGCAAGAUCAAACAUCGCAACCUUGUGCCGUUGCUAGGCUACUGCAAAAUUGGUGAUGAGCGUCUCCUUGUGUAUGAGUAUAUGAAGAAUGGCAGCUUGGAUGUCAUGCUCCAUGAAAAAGCCAAAAUUGAUGUGAAUCUUGAUUGGAAAGCAAGGAAAAAGAUUGCAAUCAGUUCGGCAAGAGGACUAGCCUUCCUUCACCACAGUUGUGUCCCACACAUCAUACACCGGGACAUGAAGUCGAGCAACGUGCUGCUUGAUGAUAACCUUGAUGCCUAUGUAUCGGAUUUUGGGAUGGCAAGACUUGUGAAUGCACUUGAUUCGCAUCUGACUGUGAGCAAGCUCUUAGGAACACCUGGAUAUGUGGCACCUGAGUACUUCCAGUCUAUUAUCUGCACAACGAAGGGUGACGUCUACAGCUAUGGUGUUGUGCUCUUGGAGCUUCUCUCAGGGAAGAAACCAAUCGAUCCGACAGAAUUUGGUGACAGUAACCUUGUUGACUGGACAAAGCAGAUGGUUAAGGAGGACAAAUGCAACGAGAUAUUUGAUCCUAUAUUGACCGAUACAAAAUCCUGUGAAUUGGAAUUGUAUCAGUAUCUGAAGAUUGCUUGCCAAUGCUUGGAUGAUCAACCUAACCGCAGACCUACGAUGAUUCAGGUUAUGGCAAUGUUCAAAGAGUUACAAAUUGACUCAGACAACAGCUUCUUGGAUGGCUUCUCAAUCGAUUCAGCAAAUAUAGAGGAAUCAUCUGAGAAAUCAGUGUAAAUAUUAUUGAUUCCUACAGAUUUUGAUUCCGAUUGAUAUAUUAGCUUAGCCACUUUAACUCCUGUUAACAGAAAAGAAAAGUAACUACUGUUGGAAGGAAAAAUUUGUAAUUUUAUUCAGUCAGUGUACAUAAUACACAACAGCUUGAACAGAGACACGAUUAUAGAGUUCUUUCACAAGGACACCAGUUUAGUAAAAGAGGUGGUAUACAAAUCUUGGAACUCAGUUCCCUUUCCUUGGACAUCCGUCUUCCUUGCUGAGAAAGUAAAACAGUACAGUUUUUGCGAGUUAUAUGUGUUGUUCGUGAUCACAUUUCAGUAAAUUUUGUUGAUAUCUUUAGUUUGUCUCAUUCUGAUUAAUUUUACCUUGACAAAACUGGGCUGCUGAAAUAUUAUACAUCAUUUGGCUGCUGUACUAACUUGUAGAACUAGUUCCUGGGAUCAGAUUGUCGAUUAUGAACGGAAGCUGCUGGCAAAGUGAGCAACAGAAGAAAGAAGAUGCAGUGUGUAUUUUGGGUGAUCAAAUGUCACUUUCAGAACAGCGUGGAUGUUUCAGGCGCGUGCAGAUGUGUGACAUCCAUCAGGAUUGGAUCGGAUCGGAUCGGAUCUGGUCCUAAACAAUUGACGAGUUGGUUGAUCGGCACGAGUUGUUGGUCAAGCACGGCAUCUGAUCCUUCGCUCCCUGAUGCUGCAUCAGGCCGGAGAUAGAUGUGAGCACGGCUGCGUGGCACCAGUUAGGUACGAGGCUGAAGACUUUCAGGAGAAAGACCUUUAGUUUCAGUCUUCUAGAUACUGGGUAAAUUACAUCCUUAUCGAAAAAAAACUGGGUAAAUUACAUGGGUGAUUGUUGAACCUAAUCAGUUUUGUUCUCUUCUUAUGAAGGAAUAUACAUCAGUUUUGU